UAUGGGCUUGCUUCUGCCUACGGCCCAUUGUUCAAAAGCGUAUAGCAGAUACUGAAACCUCCACCAUCUCCGAAACCUCGAUCAAGUUGUUUCUCUUCUCUAACUCUAAAGCCUAACAGAAUCAAAUAAUCAGGUGGUUUUGAACUGUUGAUCAGUCAUGUACAGGAACGUUGCUUCACGCCUCAGGACCAUUAGGGCCCGUUCAUGCAGCAGGUUGCCUGUCAGAUUUGCAAGUUCAAGUUCAAGUUCUGUUGCCACCAAACAAUCCUCUUCUGGUUUGGGUGGUUUGUUUGGAUGGCUCACGGGCGACCGAUCCAGUUCUGCUACACCUCUUGAUUUUCCGCUUCCAGGUGUUAUACUUUCUCCUCCAUUGCCGGAUUAUGUUGCACCGGGUAAAACUAUUAUUACUACACUCCCAAAUGGAGUCAAAGUGGCCUCUGAAACAUCCGCGACUCCCACAGCAUCAAUAGGUUUAUACGUAGACUGUGGUUCAAUAUAUGAGAGUCCAAUAAGUUUUGGGGCUACACAUUUGCUCGAACGAAUGGCUUUCAAGACCACUAGAAACCGUAGUCACUUUCGUGUGGUUCGAGAGGUAGAGGCAAUUGGUGGCAAUGUGCAGGCCUCAGCUUCUAGAGAACAGAUGGGUUACACUUUUGAUGCUUUGAAGACAUAUGUUCCUGAAAUGGUGGAGCUUCUUGUUGAUUGUGUGAGGAAUCCUGCAUUUCUUGAUUGGGAGGUUAACGAGCAGCUUCUCAAAGUUAAGGCUGAGAUUGGUGAAGCUUCCAAAAAUCCGCAAGACUUGCUUUUGGAAGCCAUUCAUUCUGCUGGUUUUUCUGGUGCCUUGGCAAAUCCUCUUUUAGCUUCAGAAUCAGCCAUAAAUAGACUGAAUGGUGCAAUUCUGGAGGAGUUUGUUGCUGAGAACUAUACAGCACCUCGCAUAGUACUUGCUGCUUCUGGUGUUGAACAUGAGGAAUUGUUAUCCGUUGCAGAGCCUCUCCUGUCAGAUUUACCAAGUGUCCCACGUCCAGAGGAGCCAAAAUCAGUAUAUACUGGUGGUGAUUAUCGAUGUCAAAGUGAAACAGGGAGGACCCAUUUUGCUCUAGCAUUUGAACUUCCUGGCGGCUGGCAUAAGUUGAAGGAUGCUAUGGUUUUGACUGUUCUUCAGAUGUUAUUGGGAGGUGGAGGAUCAUUCUCAGCUGGUGGUCCUGGUAAAGGGAUGUAUUCACGGCUAUAUCUCAAUGUUCUGAACCAAUAUCCACAAUUUCAUUCAAUUUCAGCCUUCAACAAUAUUUAUAAUGACACUGGCAUUUUUGGUAUCCAAGUUACAACAAGCUCAGAUUUUAUAUCAAAGGCCAUUGAUAUAACUGCUAAUGAGAUUCUUGCUGUUGCUACUCAUGGAAAAGUUGAACAGUUACAACUGGAUCGAGCCAAACAAGCUACCAAAUCUGCAAUUUUGAUGAAUUUGGAAUCUAGAAUGGUUGUUUCAGAAGAUAUAGGAAGACAAAUUUUAACAUAUGGUGAGAGGAAACCUGUGGAGGAAUUUUUGAAGGCAGUGGACGAAGUAACCUUGAAGGAUAUUUCUUCAAUUUCGCAAAAACUUAUUUCUUCUCCUCUCACAAUGGCAUCAUAUGGAGAUGUUCUCUACGUUCCGAGUUAUGAAUCAGUGAGCAGCAAGUUCCCUACCAAAUGAGAUUAUUUCCAUCCGUCUUAUUUAACUUUUCUUGUCAUGCAAGAAGUCUUGUACUAUUAAAAGGUGUAAAAUUCUCCUAAUUGUUGUUGUAGUAAGCAAUAAAUUAGUGAGGCAAAACUCAUUGUUUCUCGGUACAUAAAACAUUGACCUAUGAGAAUAUUUUUUGGAUUGAACUUUCAA